GACAACCGGCUGCUGAAGAUGUUCACGGACGUGGUCAAGGCGCUGUACAGCAGCGACCUGGUGGCCGAGGACACCAUCCAGCACUGGUACAAGAAGGGCAGCCACCCCAAGGGCCGCAACGUCUUCCUCAACGACAUCCAGCCCUUCAUCAAGUGGCUGGAGGAGGCAGAGGAGGAGGACGACGACGAGGACGACUGA